GUAAUUUAGUGUCACAGGAUUCGUCUAUAGCUGAACACAGUCUACAUUUGGGUGGUAAUACAAUAGGAAUAGGUGAUUUUAGCUUGAAAAAAUAUUCUAGUUUAAAAGUACAAAGAGGUAAAAAAUUAGUAAUAGCAGCACUAUGUCAUCCUUGCCGAGCAAGACCUGGAGCAUCCAGUUGCGCGAGUUGGCCACUUCGCCGAUCACCAUUAUAGCCAUGACUUGCGUUCUUGGUUAUGUCGUCUACAUGAAGACUCGCCGCCAGCACGGAACCUACGACGAUGAGGACUAUGAGGCCGCUGGACUUAUCAAGAAGACGAAGGCACCUGUCAUGGGUCUACGCAUGACCCGCAAGGAGCUGGCCAAGUUCGGCAGCGAGAAUGAAGAUGGCAUAUACCUGGUGGCGCUCAACGACGUCAUCUAUGAUGUGUCCAUGUCAAUGGACUUUGGGGCAGGCGGAAAGUAUUGCAAGAUGGCCGGAACCGAGCUGACCCUCUUCACCGAGAGACUCGCCUACUGGGAUGGACGCGAUGAAAAGUCUGUUUAUAAUGAGUGGAAGACUAAGCUGGAAGAUUUUUUCGAGGUGGCUGGAACCCUGAUUGAUCCGGAAACCAAAUCAAAUGACAAGAUCAAAGAUGAGAAAAAGCAGCCAGAAGAUAAAAAAGAUGAAGAACACGAGAAAGAAAAUAAAGACACUAAGACAGACGACGAGAAGCCUACUAAGGCUGAGAAUGCUAUUGAGGAUGAGAAUCCUGUUGAGAAGAAGUUGGACCCUGUUCCAGAGGAGAAGUUAGACGAGUCCGGAGAUAAAGCAAACUUGGAGACUGAGAAGCCGAAAGUCGAGGCCCCCAAGCUGGAGAUUGAGAUUCCCGAGCUGUCCCUCAUGGACCUGCCUCCUUUCGAAGAGGGAAUUAAUUCCGAUUGCGAUUCCCUGCGCACCGCCUACGAUUUUCUGCCUGACCAGGACGAUCGUGAUGAAGAAACUGACGGCACCGAGGGUGACUACUGUGAAGCCCACCAGGGUGAUACCACUUCCGAGAAUACCGUGGACACCGAGGACACCGACGACAAUCCCGUUACUGAUGGGGCCUCAGACGCUGCAGAAGCAGAGGUGUCCAUCCAUCCCGAUAUUAUGUGGAACGAUGCCGACGCCACCGUGGUGGCCACCCGUUAAAUCACCCAAAAUCUCCAACUCACAACGCUCCAUUGAAAUCCAGACGAAAGUGGCACUUAACCCAUCAUAAGCCACAUAUAUGAACUUAAGCCCUUAGUCAUAAUAACACCAACAUAAAUAAAUAUAUCUCUUGGGUUGAAUGUGUAUCUGCAUUUGCAGCGGCUACACAAAAAGACAAAUACCAUAUGUACUUAAAUAUCGAUUCUAAAAUAAGUCAGAUAUAGUACGUCAAAACAAUAAAGUUAGAACAUUAGUGGAAAAUGAUUUCCCAUCGAUCAUAA